CAAAAAGACACGGCGGGUUAACGUGACGGCGAGGACGCUAGUGAUGAUUUAUUCAUAGAGUCUUGAUAGAGUGACUAUCUGAAUACUUAAUCGAAUGACCUUAACGGACUAGAAACGGCGCCAUACAGUCUAUACAGUGAAGUGCAAAAGUUAGCACACCCUAGCAUUAAGUGUGUUAGUCAUUUCAUGGUUUAAGUUUGAAGGCUUCUGUAUGAUCACGUCUUUAUCGUUUCUUUGCAAAGACGUUAAAAAUGUUUAUGUAAAAUAAAAAUAAAAAGAUAAAUAAAUGAAAACCCUUCUGUGUAACAACUGCUGACUACUAUAAUUUUUUUUUUUUUUUUUUUUUUAAUGUUUACUGUGAAUUGAUUUCAUAGGUGCAGCUUCAUCUUAUCCAAAAUAAUAAUAAUAAUCAGGAACAAGGAGACCUGCUCUUUCAUGCAAUUAUCCAAACGACCAAUCAUGUAGCAGCAGUACAAUGUAUAAAAUCACGUAGAUACAGGUCAAGCGCUUUAGCUAAUGCUCGUAUCAAACAUCAGAUUGGGGAAAUACGUGAUCUCAGUGACUGACGUCAUUGUUGGUGCCAGAUGCGCCGCUUUGAGUAUUUUACGAAUAUACUAAUCUUAUGAGAUUUUCACGCACAUCAGUCUGUAGAGUCGGCGCGAGAACAAAAAACAUCCAGUGAGGAGAAGUUCUGUGGUCAGACGAGAACGGACAGACAAGAGCUAACAGGGAGGCUACGGUCAACAGAAAAGCAUCCUAAAACUCACUGCAUGUCAAAGCUUGAGACGGAUGGGUACAAGAACCGACAAGAACACAGCAUGUUCCACUCCUGUCAGUCAAGAACAGGAAUUUGGGGCUACACCGGGCACAGACAGUUGAAGAUUGGAAUAAAACAAGGCGACGUUAUCGGCUGAUUGGAUCGCUGCAUGAAUUCGAGUUCGAGUGGAUAUCGGAUGCAGACUCCGAUAUCCACCGUCUUCUUCAGGUCAAUGUCGGUGAGAAUCCCUCCACCCGGGAGAUGUGCUGCAGGAGCCGACCCUGAGAGCAAUCCUGAGCUGACUGGGGCUCCUGUGAGUGAAGAGAAGAUAAAGCAACAGCUUCCUCCUGCCGCUCAGUCACGUCCUCCCUGUGACGUCCUGCAGGGGGCGCUGCACUCUCACCUGAACCAACAUGGCUACCAACUCCCACACAGCCCCAGCACCUCCCGAGAGCAGCUCUUACAGAUGCAGGUGAAGCAGCUCCAGAAAGCUCUUCACGAGCAAAAAGCAUUGCUCAACUUCCUGAGCCCAGGACUAAUGCUGUCCCCAGCUUUCCUAACCCAGUACCAGGCUUAUUCACUCUCACAGCGUCCCGAAACAGGUGCUGAUGGUGUGCUAGAUCGCAGGAAGUGUGUUUCCAACACGGUUAUUAUUAGAGCUGGAGUGGAGCAGGAAGUCCCAGCUUGUGCUCCUCAACGAACACAGUGCGCUGACCACACGUCUCUACAGGCGGUCGGUACAGAGCAGAGAUGUUUAUCUCCUAUUAAAGAGGAGUCGUGUGGGCCGGGGGAGGAAUCCUGUACAGUCAGUCCUUUUGGAGUCCGGAGAAAAGUCCCAGCGAAUCCCGAGGAAAGGCCUAUUCGUCCAGGACUCAAAGAGACGGAGAAGACUUUUGAUGAUUUUGUUGAAGAGCAGCUCAAAUUGGAUAAAGAGGUUAUAAAAAAGGAUGAGCAGCUCAGAACAGCCGAGAAAAAGAAUUUCCUGCGUAAAGGUGACGGAAGAUCUAGAGUCGGUCAAAUUAAAGACAACAUCCAGAAAAUCCAACCUGCCUCCAAGAUCACGACGUCCACACAGCUUCAGAGACCCUCAACAGCAUCUGCUGUCCAGCACAGUGACAAAAUCAGAUGGACGAACAGUAGCCCUCAUAUUCAACAGAGCAGCAGCCCAGCUCUGCAGAAUCUGCUGUUAGUGAGAAAAGAUAAAGCGAAGUGCUCUGACCAGAGAUCUGGCCAGGAGAACCUACUGAGGAACAUCCAUCCUGCACACGAGUGCACGUUUCUAGCUUUGGAUCAUGAUAAACAUUCUUCUCAAAAAAAUGAAGAACGUCCAAAGCAGCCAAAUCAAAUAAGAAGUACCACGUCGCAAGAUGGAUGCAUUACGCUUUCUGGUAGAAAAGUUGCUCCUAAGAUCCAUCUUCCUGAAGAAAGAGUUGGCUUCAAGAAGGUAAACGAUCGCAUUGUUAGAGUGUGUGAUCUGGACGAAGCCAGCACCAAGGCGCUAAGCUUGACUACUGAGAUAAAGCAGCUGUUGCUCCAUAGCUCUUCUGGUGACAGCACUGCUGCUGAGGAUGAUCCCAAACCUCCAAACCCUCCUAAUCACUUAAGAAUAAACUCAGAUCAGAAUCUGGAUCUAUCCGACGAGGACUACGCUAGUGACGCUCCGAGUGACGUUAGUCCAAGUGAAUGUCCACGAGCUCCACAUUUCUUCCAUGAACUUUCUAGUUCAUCUGGAUCUGAUGACGGGAGCGACUCUGAGCUACAGCAGCUUUGUUGGUCUGAACCUCACAAACCCUCAAGAACUCCAAAAGAGACCAGCGGUGAGGCUACACCCCCCGGUGCCAGUAACUCGGACCUCCUCGCUAGGAUUUUUCCUCAAGUGAAAUCUGCAGGAAAAAACAAAACGAACAACGAUCUCUGGGAGAAAACUCAGCACUCCAUGAAUGGAGGUGAUCCUGUGAAGAAAGUACAGGAAAAUUCUGGGUCGGAUAUCAGAGAUGGAACGAGCAAUGACCUGAUGAUGGACAAGAUGAAAACAGAGCAGGAUAAAGCGCUGAAUUUCCUCAGAUCUGAAAUGGACCGCUUUUCUAAUAAGGACAAAGACAGCAUACCAAACUGCAGAUCUUCAGAGCACACAUCUCAGGAUGUCACACGGCACCUUAAUGAGGCGGAGGAUUUCAGACAGCAAAUCCAGUUUCUGAGAGAGCAGCUUAAGAGAAGGGAGUGCGAGUGGUGGCAGGCUCACAGCGAGCUGCAGAGUCGCGUCGAUGCCCUGACCAGAGAGAACGAGGCGUUGAUGAGUCAGUGUGACGUUCAGGUUAGAACUCAGAGCUCCGGCAGAGCCACACCUCAUCCUGAUGCUCGAAACCUGACAAGAACACGCUCUGUUACCAGUUCCCAGGAAACGAACAAACAGAAAAUUUCAUCCACAAGACGAGGCUCGUCUAAUUCAAGGACUUCCACGGCGUCUCAGAGCCCGGAUGACAGCGACACAAUCCCAUACAGUGAGUGUGGAGAAAAGGGCUCAUGCAGGUCCGCGGAGAAACAGAAUGGGGUCGAGAGAAGGAAUUCAGUGCCGAAAGGAUCGCAGAAUACAUUGAAACCUGGGAAAUCUGUAUCAUCCGAGUCUGAUUAUGGAUCGACAGACAUGACCGAGGAUUCACUCAAUUCUGAGAUGAAGAAUUCCAGCACUCAAGGAGCCGGUAACGUUGUAGUUAGAGAGGAAACUCGAUAUCCAGACGGUAAGGUAGAACAGCUCCUGUCAGAUGGGUCACGUGUUAUCGUUUUCCGCAACGGAACUAGAAAGGAGAUCGGCGCGGAUCAGAAAUCAACCACGGUCACGUUUUGCAAUGGAGAUGUCAAGCGCGUUCUGGCUGAUGGGACCAUGGUGUACUAUUAUUGUGAUACCCAGACGACUCACUCCACUUACCCGUCUGGCUUGGAGGUUCUGCAGUUCCCAAAUAAGCAAAGAGAGAAGCGCCAUCCUGAUGGUACGCGAGAAAUCCUUUUCCCCGAUGGUACCGUCAAGACCUUGUACCCUGACGGCCGACAGCAAAGCUUCUUCCCUGAUGGAACUGUUGUCAAGUUAUCAAAAAAUGGAGAGAAAACAGUAGAGUUCACAAACGGCCAACGUGAGAUCCACACGUCGCAGUACAAGCAGAGGAUUUACCCUGAUGGAACUGUUAAAACCGUCUAUUUAAAUGGAAGGCAAGAGACUAAAUACUCAUCAGGCAGGAUUCGCAUUAAGAACAAUGAAGACGUUAGUAUGAUGGACAGAAAGUGAAAGAUGUGUCGAUGGGAAACCCAUUGCUGUGUUUUAUACAGGAAGGUUGAUAUGUACAGUCGUCUUCAUAAAUAUUGGCACCCUUCAAGAGCAAAAUAUACUAUUUAAAAAACAACAACAACAACACAAUUACAAGUACUAUCAUUUCAUCAUAAUAUUUUCUCUUGAAAACAUCUGUGGCAGAAAAAUCCACGCCGCUAAAGGAUUAAACGCAAACAAAUUGUCAUCCUUUGAAGUCAAAUUUCAAAAUGCACUCUGGAAAUACACGCUCGUUUACACCGAGGGGCAACUAAAGUAGGUGAUCCAUUUACUGGUUUGUUUUUAGGAGGAAACCGGAGAACCCGGAGGAAACCCACACAGACAAGAGCCGUGAGGCGUCCAGACUACCUUCUUCAUGACAAUAAAAAUAACAAUAGAGUAAAACUACACGGCAUCCCUGAAUGUUUGAGCUCAGAAUAUCACUCCUUGCAUGAUUUUCACAUUAUUUAUUCAUUUUUGCUUAUUUUAAUGCAGGGUGAUAAUAAUUCUGGUCAAAGACGAGGAAAUAUGCCAGAAGGAUUUGUUUAAUUGACAUUUAAAAAAUGUUUAUUUUAUUUAUUUAACAUUUAAUGUUAGAAUUGAACCAUUCUUCUGAAUGACAGUUUUUAUUCUCCAUGAAUUAUUAUUAUUAUUAUUAUUAUUUGUCCCUGUGAAUGCCUUCAUUAGUCCAUAAGGCAAUAAUAUAAGAAUGGAAUGAUAUCAGGUCAUAUUUAUGCUCAUUAUUAACAACCUGUGGUCACAAAAAAGAUACAUCACAUCUCAUACGCAUCAGAUUGUUAUUAGAGAACAAUAAGUGCUCAGAUGUUGUUUUUGGGUGGAUCACGAACCCUGAACACAGCGAUCUGUCCUGUGUUUUAACUCUGUGUAAAUAAAUUUCACAUCGUAGUCAUGAUGAGACUCAUGUUGCACCACGCGGCUUAUUAUUCAUGGGAGUGUGACCCGGACGUCUGACUGAUUCAGUAUUCAGCCAAGGACUUGUGACCUUCUUGGCCUUACAGUAUUUUCAGCACAGAGAUAUGAGGUAUGAGAUGUGAAUCAUAAUCUUGAGUAAAAUAUUUUCUUCUAAAGGUUGGACAUAGUCAUAAUAAAGAGGCGAAUUCAUUUUUGAUAGCAGCGCCACCGUCUUAGUUCCUCCACGUCUCUCAGUGGACAUGAGAGGACGUUGAGAGAGACUUAUGAGCUGUUUCAUGAGCGCAUGCACCUCGUGCACUAUCGUCCUUACAUCGAGUGUGUCCUACAAGGCUUUCUGUAUGA